AUGUUCGCCGUCCCCGGAUGGUCCGUCUCGAGCUCUGAACUCACGCAGCAAGGCGAGGCGCAGUCCAAAGAUCAGUCUCAAGGCAAAGAUACCUCAACGCUCAAUGUGAAAAAAGACAACAAGCGCAAGCGCGGUAACGACCGUGUGACCUCUAGCAAUGUCGACGAAAUGUAUCGGAGGCACAUUGAGGGCAACUCCGGGCCUAAGGGUGGAAAGCGUGGCAAAGCCGGCGUCAAUGCUGGUGCUGGUGCCAGUGCUGGUGCUGAGCAGCAGCAGGCAUCCGCAUCUGGAGUUCCCAAUGAAACCAACGAGGUGCCGAAGGUCGAGGCUGAGGCGGGCCAAGAAGACGGAAAGCCAGCGAAAAAGCAAAAGAGAAACAGAAAGAACAAGAACAAGGACGGCCAGCAAGACAAGGCCGAAGAACAAGGCGCGACUGCCUCUCCUUCUGCUGAAGUCUCCGCUGCUGUCAAAUCAGUCGGUCCGUCCAUGCCAGCGGCUUCUGCGACCCUUACACCCCUCCAGCAGGCAAUGCGCCAGAAGUUGAUCUCGUCUCGAUUCCGCCACUUAAACGAAACCCUAUAUACUACCGACUCAUCCAAAGCUGUGGAGCUUUUCAACGCCAAUCCCGAACUCUUUGACGAAUACCACGCCGGUUUCUCGCGACAGGUAAAGGAAUCCUGGCCCUCCAACCCGGUCGAUGACUACAUCCAGACUGUUCGUCGCCGCGGUGCCGUUCCCGUGCCUAAGAGAGGCAAGCCUGACCCGAACAAGCCGCUUCCCCUGCCCCGCCGACCCGAUGGCGCAUGCACCAUUGCCGAUCUGGGCUGUGGUGACGCUGGACUUGCGCGCGCCUUGACUCCGUCAGCCAAGAAGUUGAACUUGAAGCUUAACAGCUACGAUCUCCAGGCACCCGAUGCUCUUAUCACCAAGGCGGAUAUCUCCAAUCUCCCCCUGGAGGACGGUACCGUGGAUGUGGCUAUCUUUUGUCUGAGUCUGAUGGGAACGAACUGGGUGUCCUUUGUCGAGGAGGCAUGGCGAGUCCUGCGCGGCGAUGGCAAGGGCGAGUGCUGGGUCAGCGAGGUCAAGAGUCGAUUUGGCAAGGUGGCCCGCAAGAAGUCGCAGAUCGGAGCGCAGAAGCCACUUAGCAAGGCCGAGCAAAAGAAGCAGAAGAAGAAGAAGGGCGGUAAGGGCGAUGACGAAGAGCUGGAUGAGGCUGAUAUCUACGCUGAAGAUACUCGCCCGACUGACAAUGACGAGACGGAUAUCUCAGCUUUCGUUGAAGUUUUCAAGAGCCGUGGCUUUGUGCUGAAGCAAGAGUCCGUGGACAAGUCCAACAAGAUGUUUGUGAAAAUGGAGUUCGUCAAGGCUGGCUGGACCCCGAUAAAAGGCAAACACGCUUCUGCGGCCCCGGCCCCGGGUGGGAAGGCUGGCAAAAAGCGCUUUGUCGAGAAGAAGACUGACGCUGAUUCCGGUAUGACAGAGGAGCAAGAGGCCCAGGUGCUGAAGCCUUGCGUGUACAAAAUCCGGUAG